AUGUCUUCCGAGUACAUCACCUUCAAAGGCUCCUCGUCCGGGAAAGUCGUCCAGACCACCCUCCACCCCUCCCCUGGCCCAACCGAAGCUGUCGUCCGCCAGACUCACUCCGGCGUCUGCGGCACCGACCUCCACCUCUCCCACACCGGCGCCGCCCUCGGCCAUGAAGGCAUCGGUAUCGUCGAGUCGCUCGGCGCUUCCGCCCACUUGAUCAGUGAUGUGAAAGUAGGUGACCGUGUCGGACUAGGAUGGAUGCAGAAGUACUGCGGUAAAUGCAGGAUGUGUCUCUCCGGCUUCGACUCGAUGUGUGAGAACAGCAAGGAGCUGUGGGCGGCGGACAAUGAGACUGGAUCGUUUGGGAAGGGGAAUGUUUGGGACGUCUCGGCUUUGAGGAAGAUCCCGGAUGAGCUGGAGAGUAAGGACGCUGCGCCGUUGAUGUGUGCGGGAGCGACGGUGUGGGGAGCGAUGCAGCGAUGCAAAGUGAUGUCGCACCACUGGGUUGGCGUGGUGGGGAUUGGAGGCCUCGGGCAUCUGGCCAUUCAGUUCCUGGCGAAAAGCGGGUGUGAGGUCGUCGUCUUCUCGUCUUCUGACAAGAAGAGAGGAGAGGCGAUGCAGUAUGGCGCUACUGAGUACCAUACCAUUGACGAGAUCAAGUCGCAGAAAGGCGAGACGAGCGAGCUGUAUACCUCGGAGAACAUCAAGGCAGCUCGAGGAUCGAUCAAGCCGCUCGACCACCUCUUCAUCUGCAGCGGCGCGCAACCGGACUACUCGCUCACUCCAAGCUUGCUGAGCAACGCGGCUGACAUUGUCAGUUACAUGCCCCUAAUGGCCAUGUGCGGCAACGUCAUUCCCCUGACAGUCGACCUCGCUCCCACGCCAGUCCCGCUCGCCGCAACAAUCUUCAUGGGCAUCAACAUCCUCGGCGUCAAAGUCUGCAACCGCACUGAAUACGAGGAUAUGUUCAACUUCUGCGUAAGACACAAGAUCCGGCCGACGAUACAGGAGUAUCCCAUGACGGAGGAGGGGAUCAAUGAGGCGGUGGAGGCAUUGGGAGAGGGGAAGGUGCAUUAUCGGGCUGUUGUUGUUGUUGCGUGA